AUGAAAUGGAAACGACAGACCCUGGUCUCCGGGGACACUUCGGAGGAGGACAUUGGGCACAGUUACUUGGGUACCUUGAUGUAUGGUCGCUAUCAACGCGACCUAAGUGAAGCCGCAAGAGAAGAAGCUAGACGACUAAGAAGACUUAGAAAAAGAAGACUAAAAGAAGACAAACUUCGACAGAAGGAACUUGAAGCAACAGGAAAGCACAGACCGAGGGGGAAAGUGUUUAAAGUAUUAGGUUACGUAUGGUGGCACACGUUUGCGCGGCUGGGAGAGGACUGGAUCUUCCUGGCGCUGCUCGGGAUCAUCAUGGCAGUGCUCAACUUCGCCAUGGACAGAGGCAUCGCGGUCUGUAAUAAUGCUCGAAUGUGGAUGUACCGGGACUUGGCUACAUCCACGUUCAGUCAAUACGUGGCUUGGGUAUCGCUGCCCGUUUGCCUUAUCCUUUUCGCCGCUGGAUUUGUUCAUAUUGUCGCCGCACAGAGUAUAGGGUCCGGCAUACCGGAAAUGAAGACAAUUCUCCGUGGUGUACACUUGAAGGAGUACCUGACAUUCAGAGCUCUUAUAUCCAAAGUUAUUGGACUCACCGCAACCCUGGGCUCUGGUCUCCCUCUGGGUAAAGAGGGUCCAUCGGUACACAUCGCGUCGAUGGUGGGUGCGCUGCUGUCGCGCUGCGUGUCGCGUCUGCAGCGCGCCUACAGCAACGAGUCGCGCACCAGCGACAUGCUGGCCGCCGCCUGCGCGGUGGGCGUCGCCUCCUGCUUCGCCGCACCGGUCGGAGGUAAUUACAUCACACCAUCCCACCACCACAUCAAACCACACUCAAACAGCGUGCCUACAGCAACGAGUCGCGCACCAGUGACAUGCUGGCCGCCGCCUGCGCGGUGGGCGUCGCCUCCUGCUUCGCCGCACCGGUCGGAGCGUGCCUACAGCAACGAGUCGCGCACCAGUGACAUGCCGGCCGCCGCCUGCGCGGUGGGCGUCGCCUCCUGCUUCGCCGCACCGGUCGGAGGUAAUUACAUCACACCAUCCCACCACCACAUCAAACCACACUCAAACAGCGUGCCUACAGCAACGAGUCGCGCACCAGUGACAUGCUGGCCGCCGCCUGCGCGGUGGGCGUCGCCUCCUGCUUCGCCGCACCGGUCGGAGGUAAUUACAUCACACCAUCACACCAUAACACCACCACACCAAACCACACUCAAACAGCGUGCCUACAGCAACGAGUCGCGCACCAGUGACAUGCUGGCCGCCGCCUGCGCGGUGGGCGUCGCCUCCUGCUUCGCCGCACCGGUCGGAUGUAAUUACAUCACACCAUCCCACCACUACAUCAAACCACACUCAAACAGCGUGCCUACAGCAACGAGUCGCGCACCAGUGACAUGCUGGCCGCCGCCUGCGCGGUGGGCGUCGCCUCCUGCUUCGCCGCACCGGUCGGAGCGUGCCUACAGCAACGAGUCGCGCACCAGUGACAUGCUGGCCGCCGCCUGCGCGGUGGGCGUCGCCUCCUGCUUCGCCGCACCGGUCGGAGGUAAUUACAUCACACCAUCACACCACCACAUCAAACCACACUCAAACAGCGUGCCUACAGCAACGAGUCGCGCACCAGUGACAUGCUGGCCGCCGCCUGCGCGGUGGGCGUCGCCUCCUGCUUCGCCGCACCGGUCGGAGGUAAUUACAUCACACCAUCACACCAUCACACCACCACACCAAACCACACUCAAACAGCGUGCCUACAGCAACGAGUCGCGCACCAGUGACAUGCUGGCCGCCGCCUGCGCGGUGGGCGUCGCCUCAUGUUUCGCCGCACCGGUCGGAUGUAAUUACAUCACACCAUCCCACCACCACAUCAAACCACACUCAAACAGCGUGCCUACAGCAACGAGUCGCGCACCAGUGACAUGCUGGCCGCCGCCUGCGCGGUGGGCGUCGCCUCCUGCUUCGCCGCACCGCAACGAGUCGCGCACCAGUGACAUGCCGGCCGCCGCCUGCGCGGUGGGCGUCGCCUCCUGCUUCGCCGCACCGGUCGGAGGUAAUUACAUCACACCAUCCCACCACCACAUCAAACCACACUCAAACAGCGUGCCUACAGCAACGAGUCGCGCACCAGUGACAUGCUGGCCGCCGCCUGCGCGGUGGGCGUCGCCUCCUGCUUCGCCGCACCGGUCGGAGGUAAUUACAUCACACCAUCACACCAUAACACCACCACACCAAACCACACUCAAACAGCGUGCCUACAGCAACGAGUCGCGCACCAGUGACAUGCUGGCCGCCGCCUGCGCGGUGGGCGUCGCCUCCUGCUUCGCCGCACCGGUCGGAUGUAAUUACAUCACACCAUCCCACCACUACAUCAAACCACACUCAAACAGCGUGCCUACAGCAACGAGUCGCGCACCAGUGACAUGCUGGCCGCCGCCUGCGCGGUGGGCGUCGCCUCCUGCUUCGCCGCACCGGUCGGAGCGUGCCUACAGCAACGAGUCGCGCACCAGUGACAUGCUGGCCGCCGCCUGCGCGGUGGGCGUCGCCUCCUGCUUCGCCGCACCGGUCGGAUGUAAUUACAUCACACCAUCCCACCACCACAUCAAACCACACUCAAACAGCGUGCCUACAGCAACGAGUCGCGCACCAGUGACAUGCUGGCCGCCGCCUGCGCGGUGGGCGUCGCCUACUGCUUCGCCGCACCGGUCGGAUGUAAUUAUAUCACACCAUCCCACCACCACAUCAAACCACACUCAAACAGCGUGCCUACAGCAACGAGUCGCGCACCAGCGACAUGCUGGCCGCCGCCUGCGCGGUGAACGUCGCCUCCUGCUUCGUAGCACCGGUCGGAUCAACGAGUCGCGCACCAGUGACAUGCUGGCCGCCGCCUGCGCGGUGGGCGUCGCCUCCUGCUUCGCCGCACCGGUCGGAUGUAAUUACAUCACACCAUCCCACCACCACAUCAAACCACACUCAAACAGCGUGCCUACAGCAACGAGUCGCGCACCAGUGACAUGCUGGCCGCCGCCUGCGCGGUGGGCGUCGCCUCCUGCUUCGCCGCACCGGUCGGAGGUAAUUACAUCACACCAUCACACCAUAACACCACCACACCAAACCACACUCAAACAGCGUGCCUACAGCAACGAGUCGCGCACCAGUGACAUGCUGGCCGCCGCCUGCGCGGUGGGCGUCGCCUCCUGCUUCGCCGCACCGGUCGGAUGUAAUUACAUCACACCAUCCCACCACUACAUCAAACCACACUCAAACAGCGUGCCUACAGCAACGAGUCGCGCACCAGUGACAUGCUGGCCGCCGCCUGCGCGGUGGGCGUCGCCUCCUGCUUCGCCGCACCGGUCGGAGCGUGCCUACAGCAACGAGUCGCGCACCAGUGACAUGCUGGCCGCCGCCUGCGCGGUGGGCGUCGCCUCCUACUUCGCCGCACCGGUCGGAUGUAAUUACAUCACACCAUCCCACCACCACAUCAAACCACACUCAAACAGCGUGCCUACAGCAACGAGUCGCGCACCAGUGACAUGCUGGCCGCCGCCUGCGCGGUGGGCGUCGCCUCCUGCUUCGCCGCACCGGUCGGAUCGUGCCUACAGCAACGAGUCGCGCACCAGUGACAUGCUGGCCGCCGCCUGCGCGGUGGGCGUCGCCUACUGCUUCGCCGCACCGGUCGGAUGUAAUUACAUCACACCAUCCCACCACUACAUCAAACCACACUCAAACAGCGUGCCUACAGCAACGAGUCGCGCACCAGUGACAUGCUGGCCGCCGCCUGCGCGGUGGGCGUCGCCUCCUGCUUCGCCGCACCGGUCGGAGCGUGCCUACAGCAACGAGUCGCGCACCAGUGACAUGCUGGCCGCCGCCUGCGCGGUGGGCGUCGCCUCCUGCUUCGCCGCACCGGUCGGAUGUAAUUACAUCACACCAUCCCACCACCACAUCAAACCACACUCAACCAGCGUGCCUACAGCAACGAGUCGCGCACCAGUGACAUGCUGGCCGCCGCCUGCGCGGUGGGCGUCGCCUACUGCUUCGCCGCACCGGUCGGAUGUAAUUAUAUCACACCAUCCCACCACCACAUCAAACCACACUCAAACAGCGUGCCUACAGCAACGAGUCGCGCACCAGCGACAUGCUGGCCGCCGCCUGCGCGGUGAACGUCGCCUCCUGCUUCGUAGCACCGGUCGGAUCAACGAGUCGCGCACCAGUGACAUGCUGGCCGCCGCCUGCGCGGUGGGCGUCGCCUCCUGCUUCGCCGCACCGGUCGGAUGUAAUUACAUCACACCAUCCCACCACCACAUCAAACCACACUCAAACAGCGUGCCUACAGCAACGAGUCGCGCACCAGUGACAUGCUGGCCGCCGCCUGCGCGGUGGGCGUCGCCUCCUGCUUCGCCGCACCGGUCGGAGCGUGCCUGCAGCAACGAGUCGCGCACCAGUGACAUGCUGGCCGCCGCCUGCGCGGUGGGCGUCGCCUCCUGCUUCGCCGCACCGGUCGGAGUAGGGUGGAGGCACAUACACUACAACACCAUCACACCACCACAUCAAACCACACUCAAACAGCGUGCCUACAGCAACGAGUCGCGCACCAGUGACAUGCUGGCCGCCGCCUGCGCGGUGGGCGUCGCCUCCUGCUUCGCCGCACCGGUCGGAGUAGGGUGGAGGCACAUACACUACAACACCAUCACACCACCACAUCAAACCACACUCAAACAGCGUGCCUACAGCAACGAGUCGCGCACCAGUGACAUGCUGGCCGCCUCCUGCGCGGUGGGCGUCGCCUCCUGCUUCGCCGCACCGGUCGGAUGUAAUUACAUCACACCAUCCCACCACCACAUCAAACCACACUCAAACAGCGUGCCUACAGCAACGAGUCGCGCACCAGUGACAUGCUGGCCGCCGCCUGCGCGGUGGGCGUCGCCUCCUGCUUCGCCGCACCGGUCGGAUCGUACCUACAGCAACGAGUCGCGCACCAGUGACAUGCUGGCCGCCGCCUGCGCGGUGGGCGUCGCCUCCUGCUUCGCCGCACCGGUCGGAGGUAAUUACAUCACACCAUCCCACCACCACAUCAAACCACACUCAAACAGCGUGCCUACAGCAACGAGUCGCGCACCAGCGACAUGCGCGGUGGGCGUCGCCUCCUGCUUCGCCGCACCGGUCGGAGGUAAUUACAUCACACCAUCACACCAUCACACCACCACACCAAAUCACACUCAAACAGCGUGCCUACAGCAACGAGUCGCGCACCAGCGACAUGUGCGGUGGGCGUCGCCUCCUGCUUCGCCGCACCGGUCGGAGGUAAUUACAUCACACCAUCACACCAUCACACCACCACACCAAAUCACACUCAAACAGCGUGCCUACAGCAACGAGUCGCGCACCAGCGACAUGCCCGCGGUGGGCGUCGCCUCCUGCUUCGCCGCACCGGUCGGAGGUAACUACAUCACACCAUCACACCACCACACCAAAUCACACUCAAACAGCGUGCCUACAGCAACGAGUCGCGCACCAGCGACAUGCGCCCCGCCGCGGUGGGCGUCGCCUCCUGCUUUGCCGCACCGUAACGAGUCGCGCACCAGCGACAUGCUGGCCGCCGCCUGCGCGGUGGGCGUCACCUCCUGCUUCGCCGCGCCCGUCGGAGGCGUGUUGUUCUCAAUCGAAGUAACGACGACAUAUUUCGCUGUCAGAAACUACUGGAGAGGAUUCUUCGCUGCAUGUUGCAGUGCCAUUAUGUUCCGCUUGCUGUCGGUGUGGUCAGGUGCACUGCCGACUGUGAAGCCGCUGUUCCCUACCAACCUGCCACAGGACUUCCCCUUCGACCCACAGGAGUUCGCUGUCUUCGUGCUGCUCGGGAUCAUUUGCGGCCUAUUGGCUGCUCUGUGGGUGUUCCUGCACCGUCAGUACGUGUUGUUCAUGAGAAACACGAAGACCCUGAGCAACUUCCUUCAGAAAAAUCGCUUCAUCUAUCCCGGGUUUAUGACGCUGGCGGUGAUGUCGGUGCUGUUCCCGCCCGGCAUCGGCAGGUUCAUGGCUGCAGACCUUGGAAAUCAGGAGCAGGUUUUGUCUCUGUUCGCGAACUUCACGUGGUCGGACGAGCUGACGGCUGAGCAGGCGUCCAUUGUAUCACAUUGGCAGACCCCAGAAGUUGACCUCUAUGGAUGCCUCGUCGUCUACUUCUUCUCUAUCUUCUUCUUGAGCAUGGUGUCUUGUACGCUGCCCGUGCCGGCGGGAAUCUUCGUGCCCGCGUUCAAGAUGGGGGCUUCUCUUGGCCGCUUCACCGGGGAGGUGAUGCACUACUUCUGUCCUCUCGGCGUCGCGUAUGGGGGCCACAUCCAGAAGAUACUCCCUGGUGGAUACGCGGUUGUGGGUGCUGCUGCCUUCACUGGGGCGGUCACUCACACUGUUUCUACCAUCGUCAUCGUCAGCGAAAUGACUGGACAGGUGACCCACAUCUUGCCGGUGAUGGCGGCCGUGCUGGCGGCCAACGCCACGGCGUCGUUGCUGCAGCCGUCCUGCUUCGACAGCAUCAUACUCAUCAAGAAGCUGCCAUAUCUGCCAGACCUGCUAUCUUCUGCCAGCCGUAUGUAUGACAUUUGCGUGGAGGACUUCAUGGUGCGCGACGUGAAGUAUAUCUGGAACAGGAUGACCUUCCAGCAGCUGAAAGAUAUACUUAAGGAGAAUAAGACGAUCAAGAGCUUCCCGCUGGUGGAGCAGCCGGCGUCGAUGGUGCUGCUGGGCUCCAUCCACCGGUGGGAGCUGGUAAAGGUGAUCGAGCGCGCCGUGGGCCGCGAGCGGCGCUUGCAGGUGGCGGCGCGCUGGCGCGAGCAGGAGCGCGAGCGCGAAAGACGCCGCCACGAGGAGGCCAAGCGACUGCGGAGGCCCUCACGCUUCGAGGUGACCCCAGCACCAGAUAUGCUUCAGGUGCCAGGCACUGGCAUGGUGAGGGGUUCCUCACUCACCACGAACGAUCGAGGCGGUUUGAUACCAGCGCCCGGGCAGCUGUUCCGGCCGAAGUCGAUCCUGAAGAAGACGAACUCGUUCACGCUGGGCCGCGGGCUGACCGCCGCCUCGCCGCAGCCCUCCGUCUACUCCACCGUCACCGGCGCCGAGACCAGAAUCCGCGCAGCGUUCGAAGCUAUCUUCAAGAGGUCCACCUUGCUGCAAGAUGUGGAAGGAGGUCUACCGGACCAAAUAAACACGGGCGUGCCACGUAGUCCGUCCAUCAACAAGAAAGUGCAACUGCCCCGUGAACGCGUCUGUGACAUGUCUCCCGAAGACCAGAAGGCUUGGGAGCAGCUAGAGAUGGCCAAAGAGAUUGACUUUGACAGGAUGCUGCAGAUUGCGAGGAAGAGAGAUAUGCAUCCAGACGAUUUUGAUUACGAGGACGAGAACCUGUACAUCUGCCAUAUCGACCCUGCGCCAUUCCAGCUGGUCGAGAGGACAUCUUUACUUAAGGUUCACUCGUUGUUCUCGACAUUGGGCGUGACUCGAGCGUACGUGACGGCGAUAGGUCGUUUAAUUGGAGUGGUCUCAUUGAAGGAGUUGCGUAAAGCGAUCGAGGACGUCAACUCUGGCGCCCUGACGGUGAUGAAUCGGCCUUCACCGCCGGGCACGCCACCGCCGCCCAUCAUCAAGGUGUCCGUCUCCGAACCGGCGCCGCCCAGCGACAGUGAAACCGCCCACCUUACUACCAAAUGA